AUGAACGUUUUUCGAGCUGUACAUGUCAAGCUUCUAGCAAGAGACUUCCUCUCCCUCACUGUCCACAACCCCCCAAACUAUGUUCCUACCUUUUUCAGGAGAGGUAUGCAAGUUUGGCGAGUAGAGACGGUUGGUGUCGUAGUAAGCAAGGAGCGCAUCGGGGACUAUCUAAGGUUUGUUGUCGACGAUGGGACCAGAUGCAUUCAUUGCAUCCUCGACAUCACUGACCGUUCCGAUUUGGGCCUCGCUGCUGAAGUGGAGACAGAGAUUGCUCUCAGGGAGGCUGCGACUGUUGAGCUGGGGAAGUUAGCGCGAGUCCGAGGCAUGAUCCCUUAG